UAAAUUGUGUGUGUGGUCGGGCAUUAUUCAUGCUGUUGGGACCUCAGUCUGUUUAAACAAACACAUUAUGGCAACUUGUCUCACUAAGGAGACAAAAAGAAGACUUGUUUUGAGGUUAGGGAAAGGGUUAGAGUUGAGCAAGUGUGUAGAUGUUUAAGAUUAAAGCAGUUCUCCAGAAACUAACUGUAGGUCAGUGUAAUGCCGUCAGAAGUAGGAAAUGUGGGCUUUUGUGUUUGUUCCACUGGUUUCUAUUGGUUCGAAAGAAAAGACUGGUUGUGUUAGUCCCACUGGCCACUCCUCACAGAAACCCACUUCACUCAACUUGGAGAGAAGCUGGCAGUUUUAUUUCAGAAGACAGAGUAGAAAACGCCUGCGCUGCUCAAGUUUACUAGGUGUUGAAAUGGACCCACAACCGAGCUCCCAGCUGAAAAUAACUCUGACAAACUCUGGGAAUAAACUGGGACACGUUCAGGCCAAACCUCAGGAGAGGGAGCAGUGGUCCAACAAGCUGGAGUUCAUCCUGGCAGUGGCUGGACACAUCAUCGGCCUGGGAAAUAUCUGGAGGUUUCCGUACCUUUGCUACAAAAAUGGAGGAGGAGUUUUCUUGAUUCCUUAUGUCUUGUUUUUGUUCACCUGUGGCAUCCCGCUCUUCUUCUUGGAGACAUCUUUGGGCCAGUUCACCAGUCAGGGCGGAAUAACAUGUUGGAGAAAAAUCUGCCCCCUUUUUGAAGGCUUAGGUUACGGAAGCCAAGUGGUUGUUUUGUACACUGGGGUGUAUUACAUCGUCAUACUGGCUUGGACAUUUCUCUACCUGUUUUCAUCCGUCAGGACUGAGCUUCCAUGGGCGAGCUGUGACAACAGCUGGAACACAGAUGGCUGUGUCGAGCAUGAUCACAAUCAGACGUCCCCUCAGCUCCUGUAUGGAAACGGCACGUCUUCAGUUGUAGAGUUUUGGGAGAGGAGAAUAUUAGGCCUAUCUGAAGGAAUUGAUCAGAUUGGCAAUAUUCGCUGGGACCUGGCUCUCUGUCUACUUCUUGCCUGGGUAUUGUGUUACUUCUGUGUCUGGAAUGGAGUCAAGUCCACAGGGAAGGUGGUAUACUUCACAGCCACAUUUCCGUAUGUGAUGCUGGUGGUGCUGCUUGUUCGUGGUCUUACAUUACCGGGGGCCCAAGAAGGGAUCGUGUUCUACCUCUACCCAGAUCCGUCUCGCCUCACUGAUCCAGAGGUGUGGAUGGACGCUGGCAGCCAAAUCUUUUACUCCUAUGGAGUUUGCACGGGUGUUCUGACAUCACUGGGAAGCUACAAUAAAUACAACAACAACUGCUACAGAGACUGUGUCUACCUGUGCCUGUUAAACAGUCUAACCAGCUUCGUAGCUGGCUUUGCCAUCUUCUCAGUACUGGGUUUCAUGGCAAAGGAGCAAGGUGUGGAUAUAUCGAUGGUGGCUGAAUCAGGCCCAGGGUUGGCAUUCAUUGCUUACCCUCGUGCUGUGGCAUUGAUGCCGCUUCCUCAGCUCUGGGCGAUUUUCUUCUUUGUUAUGAUCAUUUUCUUAGGGUUGGAUAGUGAGUUUGUAUAUCAGGAGGCGCUGGUCACAACCAUCUCCGACAUGUAUCCUUCCUUCUUUCAAAACAGCUGUCGUCGUAAACUCCUCCUUCUUGCCAUUAGUGUUGCAAGUUUCCUUGUUGGCCUUUUCAUGGUGACAGAAGGAGGCCUUUACAUUUUCCAGUUGUUUGACUACUAUGCCUGCAGUGGAAUGACACUUCUACUGUUUGCUGUCCUUCAGUCUGUCUGCAUUGGAUGGGUUUACGGUGCAGAUCGUCAAUAUGAUAAUAUCAAGGACAUGAUUGGAUAUCGACCGUGGCCUUUCAUGAAAUAUUGUUGGCAGUACGUCACACCAGCUAUCUGCACUUGCACAUUUCUGUUCUCCUUGAUCAAAUACACCCCGCUGAAAUUCAACAACACCUAUGAAUACCCCUGGUGGGGCUAUGCCCUCGGAGGAUUCUUCACUCUUUCGUCAACCCUCCUGGUUCCUCUAUGGAUGUUAUAUGCUGUGUGCGUCACUCCAGGAACACUGAAACAGAGACUGAAACUUCUAUGUACCCCAUCAAUGGACAUUCCAAGAGCAACAAAGAAAGCAUCAAACCAUGAAGCAUUUCAGACUUUCACAGAGCUUCACACCCUGCGCACGACAGAAAGUUCCACUGACAAAGAUGGCAAAACUCAGACAUUAUCUGUUAUUUAAACAGCAAUGAAUGAAAGACUUGAAAAGCGAGGAAUGCAGAUUUUCUACUUGGCAGCCAAGAACGAAGGGCAUAUUUCCACUGGGAGUAAGCUUAACACUCUUUCACUAACACUACUAAACUUUGUCCACUCAGCGGGAGAGCAUCUCUGAGUUCAUCCAUUAUGUAUAAAUGCUGGUUUGAGUCUACGUAAGAUGUUUUUGCCCUGGGUUCAAGCCUCUAAGGCUACAUGCAUGGUGUCCUGUCUUCUUAAUGGAGAGUCCUGGAGCACUGUGCACCUUGUAAAGAGCUGCAGACACAGCUCAGGGCUGGAAAAAGCCCUCAACUUCAUAAACCUUCUAAAAAGACACUGGAACUGCUCAUCAAUCAACCACAAUGCAGAAAAGGGCAGAUCUCUGUAGCAAACAAGUAAAUGAAACAUUGAUUUACCUUUAAGGUUCAUUGUUGAUGAAAUGUAUCAUUACUUUGGUCUCACUGUUGUGCAGGCUUGGUAAUCUCUGCACUCUUCACUAUCUACAUGCCCUGGCUGAGGAGUGUCUGCUGACUUCAUGAGAAAACUGAGUCUGUAAUGUUUGAAGGACAAAUGCUACAGAUGUAUGAGCCCUGCCCUUUCAACUGCAAUACUGACUCUGCAUUUCUCUGCUUUAUCAUCCUUUAUCAUACUUUAAUAAAAUACAAAUAUUGUUGCACAUUUCAUUGCUUUAUUAUGGCUCAUCCAAAUUUUCACAACAGUUGACAUGAAAAAUGAGAGUUUGAAUUUGUUUAUUGUACAUUUAUAUGACCUUUGUGCAGGUGUUUUUUUUUUUGUUUGUUGUUUUUUGGCUGUUAGACCAUUCGUUGUAUCAAGUGUGCUUGAGAUGUUGAGGAACAAAAGACGGGUUUUGGUAUCAUUUUGUUUUCUGGCAUUUAAUGAAUUUAUACAUAUUCAUGUUUAUACAGCACUGACAUGACAGGUUUAUAAAGGUUAUAAGCAAUAAAGAAUUUUGAGGUGUUUUGCAACAA